AUGAAUGAAAAGGUUCGGUUAUUUGCUGACUACUGGAUGAAAUUGUAUUCAAAUUGUUGUCUACAAAUAGAUUAUGCUGUUGAACGGCUAAAUGAAAACAAACCAGAGGAAGCUGAAGCCUUUCUUCAAGAUUGGCCUGAUACAACAGGAUCGCCAAAUGUUCCGCAACUAGUAUUUGAAAAUCCCCCAGAACUAAAGCGAAAGAAAAGAUCGGCGGCUGAACUUGAGUGUGAUGGUCUGGAGCUUAUUCACCAAAUGAAAAACAAUUGCACCAGAGGCAAGAGAGUUGUUUUUGACGUUCCAAAUGUACUAGAAGAUAAUAUUUCUUUACCUGAAUAUGAAACUCGCAUUCAAGAGUGUGAAAAAUGUUUUAAGAGUGUUGAGAAUUAUGUUAUUCAAAAUGCUUUUAUGUAUGAUUCGUGGUUGUGUAAAGCGUGCGAAAAGUUUCAACAGGAGAAGAAUAUGAAGCGAGUUUCCGGUAACUUUGACGAUUGGGUUGGUUUGAGAUGA